GGUGUGAAUCAAAGGUCUUGUCUUUGCAAGUAAAUUCGUUCCUAAUGAACUGUGUGAGUCGUUUAAAGUGUUUGAUAAGCAAAGCACGAAGCUUUGCACGGCUUGGUGGUGAAUCCACUCUCUCUCAACCGCCGUCUCUCGCCUCCGCCGCGUUUUCUUCAUCCGCCGUCAUGAAUGGUCUCGAAACUCACAACACAAGGCUCUGUAUCGUAGGAAGUGGCCCAGCGGCACACACGGCGGCGAUUUACGCAGCUAGGGCUGAACUUAAACCUCUUCUCUUCGAAGGAUGGAUGGCUAACGACAUCGCUCCCGGUGGUCAACUAACAACCACCACCGACGUCGAGAAUUUCCCCGGAUUUCCAGAAGGUAUUCUCGGAGUAGAGCUCACUGACAAAUUCCGUAAACAAUCGGAGCGAUUCGGUACUACGAUAUUUACAGAGACGGUGACGAAAGUCGAUUUCUCUUCGAAACCGUUUAAGCUAUUCACAGAUUCAAAAGCCAUUCUCGCUGACGCUGUGAUUCUCGCUACUGGAGCUGUGGCUAAGCGGCUUAGCUUCGUUGGAUCUGGUGAAGCUUCUGGAGGUUUCUGGAACCGUGGAAUCUCCGCUUGUGCUGUUUGCGACGGAGCUGCUCCGAUAUUCCGUAACAAACCUCUUGCGGUGAUCGGUGGAGGCGAUUCAGCAAUGGAAGAAGCAAACUUUCUUACAAAAUAUGGAUCUAAAGUGUAUAUAAUCCAUAGGAGAGAUGCUUUUAGAGCGUCUAAGAUUAUGCAGCAGCGAGCUUUGUCUAAUCCUAAGAUUGAUGUGAUUUGGAACUCGUCUGUUGUGGAAGCUUAUGGAGAUGGAGAAAGAGAUGUGCUUGGAGGAUUGAAAGUGAAGAAUGUGGUUACCGGAGAUGUUUCUGAUUUAAAAGUUUCUGGAUUGUUCUUUGCUAUUGGUCAUGAGCCAGCUACCAAGUUUUUGGAUGGUGGUGUUGAGUUAGAUUCGGAUGGUUAUGUUGUCACGAAGCCUGGUACUACACAGACUAGCGUUCCCGGAGUUUUCGCUGCGGGUGAUGUUCAGGAUAAGAAGUAUAGGCAAGCCAUCACUGCUGCAGGAACUGGGUGCAUGGCAGCUUUGGAUGCAGAGCAUUACUUACAAGAGAUUGGAUCUCAGCAAGGUAAGAGUGAUUGAGGAAAUUGUUGGAAGGCUCAGGUCAUUGAGUUAUUGUUGAUUGAUCCCUGAUUCAGUUAGACAUUGAUGGACCAGAAUGAGACUUGAUCUUUAUCAUAGAACAAGUUAAGAUACAUUGAUUUGUUUAUUCCUUAAUAUUGCAGUUGGAAUUGAGUACGGGUAUUGUUCAAAGUUGUAGCUCUAAUGGUAAAACUAGCUACGACAAAAGUCCUCUUAAAAUAUGAGUUUUAGAUGAUGCCUUAACAUUUCAUAUAUUCAGUGAACAUGAUUUAUCCAAUAAUGUAUUAUGUAUUCUUAUAAAUUAGUAUAAUAUAAAAAUGGGUUUCCAGAAAUCUUUAAGACAUUUCUGAUCUUGAAGCCGAGUCAUUUCCAGAGCUUCUAGAGGCUUUUGAAAUGAUCACAGAUUUUUCAGAGGAAACGGCUUUGGUGAAGCUUUAACACUUUGAUGUCAAGAAAGAGAGAAAUGACGGCUUGGAAGGGUCUUCAACCGAUGACGUCGUUCACUCCUACAUGGUUGAAAUAUUCAAAAGAGUUCAUAAAAUCCUUCCCAAAAGUAGUCCCGAUUAUUCUUCUAACCAUUCUUAAAAUUCGAAACGAUGAAUGUGAUUCUUAAAUGUGG